GGGAUUUUUGACAAAUGUGAAACCCGUGUUCCCACAAAACACAUCCACAUCCCCAAUGUGAAGAACAGUUCCCACGUUGUCCUGAAUCACGCAUUGAGAUGAAAUCAUUAAACGUUGAAUUUAAUUAAAGCGGAAAUUAUCUGAGACAUACACUUGAAACACGCGUAAAAAUAAAUCACAAAUCAUGGCUAAUCGACUGGCGUUUCAUUCAGAAAGUAAUACAUAAAGCAGCGAGUCCUCGCAAUCAUCAUGAAAAGUGACAUUUCACGAUGUGCGAUUAACGGCAUCUGCGCGCCGCAUGAACGCAACAUUCAUCCGACGAAGCUCUUAAUCGGUACUGCUCCUGCUCGAAAUACGCAAAGUAUAUAUAAACAGUGCGCAUAUUACAAAGAUAAUAUGUUUGGACCCGCUCAGGUGUGCAGUGCGUUAGAGACUAGCCGCGGCCCAUCGAAAUUCCCCAUGUAGAGCGAUCUCCUCGCCGCAAAUACACAUUUACGCAACAUGAGCUGUACGGUCAGGAACCGGAAGCGGAAUAGCGGCAGCACGCUGGACGAAUUCGUCAAGGUCAGCACUCUGGCCAACGCGGAUGACACGGAGUGCGUAUCGCCGGAACCGGAGGAAUCGGCGGAGCAGCAGCAGGGCGAGCCGGAACCCAAUCCGCAGGCGGAGCCGGAAUUUGGCCACUUGAACGAGACGCGGCGCAAGAUUCACGAUGCCAUUGCUGCCCUGAACGACGAUAGCUUCGAUAAGCGAAUGGCCCGUCUGCUCAUGCAGUACGAGGGCGCCAUUCGCGAGGAGUUCGAAAGGGCGCAGUUCCUGCCCGGAAAGUGCCGCAAACUGGCGCGCAUUCUCAUCGGACUCACCGAUGUCAUCCACACCAUGGCUCGGGGUCGAGCACUGCAGCAGGACGAGGCAUACAGGCAGCGCAUGUGCCACAUCGUCGGCUUCUACAUAUCCUGCGAACUCUGCUCCGCCCAGGAGCCCGUGGAGAGCGAGGAGACCGUCGUCAAUCGGAUCAACUGCUGCCUGAAGCUGUACGUGGAGUUCGGAGAAGGUGGCGCCGGCGUCCACCGGGAGCACGUGCUGCGCACUCUCCUCGCGGCUCCCAAACUCUUCAACAGGGCCAGCAUUUUGUCCAAGCUGUACAGCCGUCUUUUCCCGCACUGGUCGAUGCCCAGCAUAAUGAUCCAAGCAGAACUGCCAGACAAACUCUACAUCGAAUACAUACUCAUAUUCUACUACUGGCAGCGCCUGGAGCCGGAUGAGUCGGUCAAGGAGCGCAUCGUGGAGUUUGCCGAAAGGUUCAUGCGACCCUCAAGAUCGCUGGCCUUGAAGAGUGUCUAUGCCCACUACUUGCCCAAGUUCGCGGACCGCAAUUCUGCCACGCGAACCAUAUUGAACCAUCUGAAGACAAGCCGCUGCUUUGGUUUGCAUAUGCUCAGCAAACAGGAUAAUCGACCGGUGCAGUCGAACGAAGUGAUACUCAGCUCCGAUGAGGAGAGUAGCUGCCCCAUGUGGGACAUAUCAGGCACUCCGUCAUCAUCCUCGCUGAACAGCCAUCCGCCCGUUUUCCUCCAGAAUCUCUGCCAGAAUGCCCGCCAGUUGGAGCCGUGCAAGCGGGCCAACGCUCUCUUCAGCGGCAUUGACAACUCCGUCGAAAUCGUCGAGCUGCGCGACUCGGACGACGAUGUGGAGAUGUUUUCGGUGAACUUCAAUGUGCCUGCCAAUGUCGAUGGCAUCAUCUCGAACUCCAACUCAAACGAUUCGGCCAAUCAGACGUCGACAACGAUUCUCGGCGAGGACGACUCUGUGCCCGUCACUCGCAUCUAUCCCAGCAAUCUGCGGACUUACGAACGGGCAGUGCUUCCACCCACCACCUACACAGUGCCGCGCAUUGUGAAUAGCUACAGUUGCCGCCGGGAUAGCCUCCAUUUGGUGUCGACCACAGCGCCGCAUCUGGUCGACCAGUGCGUGCAGACGUUGGAGGAUGAGGUGGAGGAACUGGCGGAGGAGGACCAGUACAGCCAAAGCUUCUUCCCGCGGAGAAGCAGUGCCAGCGAUGCCAGCGGACAACGGACCCCCGUCUACCACUGCCGUCAAACUUCUAGUCAGAACAGCAACUGCAGCGAAUCUUCGCUGCUCAAGAAACAGGUUACCUUCAGUCCGCGGCAUCUGGGCGCAACUACGCCGAAUGCCAAGGCAAUCGCCUCCAAGAAGCCCUCCAUCAAGCAGUACAAGUCGAAUGGCGUAGGCAAUGGUCGCUGGAAAGCGGAGCACCUCGAAGCCAGUGCGAAAAUGUUCGCCAAGCUCGACGCCAGGAUGAAGGCUAGGAAUGAAGUCCUGAAUGUCGCUGCCAGCCAGCUAACGCCCACCACCAGCAAUGCCUCCAGUAGCACACCCACCAAGAUCUCGGCUACGCCCACGCGCAUCAGGAAUACUCCCCGCGGGCAGCGAGUGGCAUUGCCCACACCGCCAGCCUCUACGCACAGUUCAAGCAGUCCGUGCCAGAUACAAAUGGCAUCCAAUGACAACAACAAUUGGGAUUUCGGUCGACGCUGCUUCUCAAAGGCCGCUGGCGAUGAAGUGAGCUACUACAACCACCUGCUUACCGUGCAGCGGGAGAAUAUCCGCCGACGUCGGCUGUCUAACGAAAAGAAAAAGGCUGUAAAGGUCAAGCAUCAGGUGCCGAAGGAUGCCGAUCAGGUUAAGCUGCUCAAGCAGGCUACGAAGCGAUGCCGGCAGCUACGCGCCUUAAAUACCAAGCAGAAAAAGGAGGUUCAGCAACUGGAGCAAGACUUGACCGUCAUUCGAAAAUCUGCGCCGCAUAGAUUGCCCUUAGUAAGACUGAAACGCUUUAAUCUCAGGAGCGCGGCAAGGUCACAAAUAGCGCCGCUUAAUGGCCAAAAGGAUGUAGUUGAUAUACAGGAGGAACCAUCUCUCAAGGAGGUGGAACAUCCUGGAGAGGAGCGACGAAAUGAGCUUAAAAAUAGUAAUGCAAUUGAGGAAAAAAGUAAUCUGGAUGAGAAAGAUAAAACAGUGGUGGUCACUGGUAAGCCAAAUGAACAGGAACCAGAGCUCGACUUGGAGCAUCAAGAGUUCUUGGAGGAGCAGCUGCUGCUGGAGCAACAUCAGCUGGAGAUGCACCAACGACAGCAGGAGGAAGAGCAGCAUCAGGUUGACGAUGAACUGGAACAACUGGCAGAGGAUCACCACCAGGCAGGAGAAGAACCACAACUGGUGGAGAUUCAGCAACAGCCAGAGGAGAAGCAACAGCAAAUAGAAAAUGAAACCCAGUCAGAGAAAGAACAAAGUCUGUUAGAGGAAGAAGACCCCACACAGAAAAAUCAGCCAUUAAUUGAGCAACCCCAGGAUGAGGAAGAGAAACAGCCGUCAGUGAAUCCCACCCAGAUUGAGGAGCAAGUCGAGCCGCCACUAAAACACAAAAAGCGCAAGCGAAGACGCCGAUUCAAGUGCCCUCGCUGGACGCGGAUUAAGAGCAAGAAAAGGAAUCUCUUACUCAUCACUUGCCCAUUGGAGUUUGAGGCCGAACCCAGACUCGAAACGUCUCCCAUAGAACCCGAGCCAGCUCCGGAUGAAGCGCCACCGGCAGUUGACGAGCCAAUGCCAGAGCCUGCCUACGAGUUCGACCAGGAUAUGGUGCCCGAGGUGGGCAACGAACUGGAGAUCGCGGCGCCCAUUCUGGCGGCGGAGGACGAGGACAGCACGGCGAUGCUCUCGCCAAGCCACAAUCUCGAACUGGUGACUAUCAAUGUGCCGGUUUACUUGCUCAACGGCGAGAGUCGCGACGUCAGCACUCCCCUGUCCAGCAGCUCUUUCGGUGCCAGCGGAUCAGAGCCAUGUACCACAUCGAAGGAUUAGUUUAGAAAGCCCCCACCAAACCCAGAUCGAGUUCCAGUUGCCGAUCCAAUCCCAUUGAUCUUGGCCUGUAAUAGUAUUUAUAUUUUUUCUUUUGAAGAUACGCCUAAAAAAAAACUGUUAAAGCACUGUAAUACUUAGGUUUAUUGUAGUUAAUUAGGAGUUGUUGAACGUUAUAAUUUGUACAUUUACAUGAUUAUUUGCAAUACACGAAUCCCACUAAAGUCAACGCGUACCAAAUCCCCGGCAUUAUCCAUGUCAAUUUUAAGAAAUAAAAUGAAAUUAUUAGUGUAUAUUGUCGUAAAAUAAUAACCUAA